AACGGCACAUACGCGCUGCGCAUUGGUGUCAAACUCAACAGCCUUGAUAUUUCGGUUUCCAAGUGGGAUCGACUUUGAGAUUUAUUUAUUUUAUUUUAUUUAUUUAUUUUUUGCUUAAAUGCCUUCAUGAUCUUUUUUUAACCUUGUGUGUUUGUCAUUAUUGGUGGGGCUCCGUGAACUUGAAACAUGACGGGACAUCUCUUGCGUUCACCUCGUCGGCGCCUUCACCUUAACAGGUAGCCGGGAGAGAGAGAGAGAGAGAGACGCCGGUUUUCUCGGGACGUGCACGGGAGAUGAGCAUUGAUUUUGGGACUAAUGGAAGACACCACAAACCACUGACCACCUGGCAGUGUCUGCUGGAGAGCGACGCUGAUCACCGCAAUCACUGCAGGUCGCACAAUUAGAUUCUGUCCAUUCCUGAAGUUAAAUGGGGGAAACGGAACUGCGACAUAUGCAGCCUCUAAUUUACCCCAGUUUGUGUGACCAGCUGCUUUUAGCCAAAACCUGUUCUUGAGUCUGAUUACUCCUGCGGGGCGAAUAUAUUUAUAUUUUCUUUCUUUUUUUUUCCUGGACGCAAAGCUUGAUCUCACUGAGACGGAUAUCUUUUACCCGAAUAAGCUCGCAGGCACACUGGAAGGAGAAGACUAUGAGCUGACACACUCCAGUUUUUCUCCUGCGCUGUAACGGAUUUGGGUUUUGGAAGAUUCCUGCCAUCACAUGCAAGGAGUCACUGCCUGUAACAACGUUGCAUAGAGAGAAACCUUUUUGAGUUGUGAAGGCUGGAAACACAUUUUCUGCUGUCAUGGAUCUAAAAGACUAUUACCUGUUGGGCGCCCUACUUGCCUGCAUAUGGCUUGAUCCCUCAAUAGCCCAAGAGCUAAUCUACCCCAUCCGAGAGGAGUUGCAAGAAAAUGUCCUCAUUGGAAACAUACCAAAGGACCUAAACAUUUCCCAUACAAAUGCUGCCACCGGAGCAAGUGCUAAUCUCGUGUACCGGCUUGUCUCCAAAGCGGGAGAUAACCCACUGGUCCGUGUUCUGAGCAGCACAGGCGAGAUAUUCACAACAUCAAACCGAAUUGACAGGGAGAAGUUGUGCCCCGGUCCCUCGUUUGAGGACAGCGAGUGUUCCUUUGAAAUUGAAGUGGUCAUCCUGCCUAAUGAUUAUUUCAGGCUGAUUAAGAUCAAAAUAAUUGUCAAAGACACAAACGAUAAUGCCCCCAUGUUCCCGUCCCCUGUGAUCAACAUCUCCAUCCCCGAGAACACGCUCAUUAACAGCCGAUUUGCUAUUCCUUCUGCCACUGACCCAGACACUGGCCCCAACAGUGUCCACAAAUACGAGCUGAUCAACGGGCAGAGUGCCUUCGGCUUAGACAUCGUUGAAACGCCUGAGGGGGAGAAGUGGCCCCAGCUCAUUGUGCAGCAGAAUCUGGACAGAGAGCAGAAGGAUACAUAUGUGAUGAAGAUCAAAGUGGAGGAUGGUGGAAGUCCGCAGAAAUCCAGCACUGCCAUUCUCCAAGUCACAGUCACGGAUGUCAAUGAUAACAGACCAGUGUUUAAAGAGAGUCAAAUCGAAGUGCACAUACCGGAGAACUCCCCUAUUGGCACGUCUGUUGUGCAGCUUCAGGCCACAGAUGCAGACAUUGGGGCAAACGCAGAGAUACGCUAUGUAUUUGGGACUCAGGUGUCUCCUGCCACAAAAAGACUCUUUGCAUUAAAUACAACAUCUGGCCUAAUUACAGUGCAGAGGCUGCUGGACAGAGAGGAGACUGCUAUUCAUAAGCUCUCUGUUUUAGCCAGUGAUGGCAGCUCCAGUCCUGCCAGGGCUACUGUUACCAUAAAUGUGACUGAUGUUAAUGACAAUCCACCUAAUAUAGACCUGAGAUACAUAAUCAGUCCCAUUAAUGGGACUGUUUUCCUCUCGGAGAAGGACCCCAUCAAUACCAAGAUAGCUCUCAUCACAGUGUCAGACAAAGACACUGACAUCAACGGCAAGGUCAUUUGUUUCAUCGAGAAGGAUGUGCCCUUCCAUCUCAAGGCCGUGUACGACAACCAGUAUCUGUUAGAGACAUCUGCGCUGCUUGACUACGAAGGCACCAAGGAAUACAACUUUAAAAUCGUAGCGUCUGACUCUGGGAAACCCAGCCUGAAUCAGACUGCUUUGGUAAGAGUGAGGCUGGAGGAUGAGAAUGACAAUCCACCUAUUUUUACUCAGCCAGUUAUUGAGCUGGCUGUUAUGGAGAACAACAAACGUGACCUGUUCCUCACUACUCUCAGCGCCACGGAUGAGGACAGUGGGAAAAAUGCUGAGAUAGUUUAUCAGCUGGGACCCAAUGCAUCAUUCUUCGAUCUCGACCGCAAAACUGGGGUCCUGACUGCAUCCAGGGUUUUUGACCGCGAGGAUCAGGACAGGUUUCUCUUCACUGUAACAGCGAGAGAUAACGGGACUCCCCCUCUGCAAACGCAGGCAGCCGUCAUCGUAACCGUGCUGGAUGAAAACGAUAACAACCCCAAGUUCACACAUAACCACUUUCAGUUCUUUGUGUCGGAGAAUCUUCCUAAAUACAGCACCGUGGGGGUGAUAACUGUGACAGAUUCUGAUGCUGGGGAAAAUGCUGCUGUUUCUCUUUCCAUACUGAAUGACAAUGAGAACUUUAUUCUGGAUCCUUACUCCGGGGUGAUAAAAUCUAAUGUGUCAUUUGAUAGGGAGCAGCAGAGCUCCUACACUUUUGAUGUCAGGGCUGUGGACAGUGGCAGGCCUCCCUGCUCCUCAGCCGCCAAGGUGACCAUCAAUGUCAUUGACGUGAAUGAUAACACCCCCAUCGUCAUCUACCCCCCCUCUAACACAUCCUUCAAGCUCGUCCCGCUCUCCUCUAUCCCGGGAUCUGUGGUAGCAGAAGUGUUUGCUGUAGAUGGUGAUACAGGGAUGAACGCAGAACUCAAAUACACCAUUGUGAGUGGGAAUAACAAAGGUCUGUUCAGAAUUGACCCUGUCACAGGGAAUAUUACUCUGGAGGAAAAACCAGCAGUGACUGACAUAGGCUUACACAGAUUAGUGGUCAAUAUCAGUGACCUGGGAUAUCCCAAAUCCCUCCAUACCCUUGUGCUGGUAUUUCUAUAUGUCAAUGACACUGUGGGCAACUCAACACUCAUCUAUGAUCUUAUCCGGCGCACCAUGGAGACCCCAAUCGACCGAAACAUUGGCGAAAGCAGUGAAACUUAUCAAAGCGGGGACUAUUUAACCAUAAUGAUAGCCUUUGUUACCGGCGCCUUGGUGGUGAUUAUUGUCAUCUUUGUCACCGUGCUCCUACGCUGCCGCCACGCAUCCAGGUUCAAAGCUGCACAGAGGAAAAAACAGGGGGCGGAGUGGAUGUCUCCUAAUACAGAGAACAAGCAGAACAAGAAGAAAAAGCGCAAGAAAAGGAAAUCCCCCAAAAGCUCCCUGCUCAACUUUGUCACCAUUGAGGGGAACAAACCCGACGACCCUGCCCACGAGCCGAUCAACGGUACCAUCAGUCUGCCCACCGAGCUUGAGGAGCAAGGGAUUGGACGCUUUGAUUGGAAUGCCACACCCACCACCACCUUCAAACCCAGCAGCCCAGACCUGGCCCGGCAUUACAAGUCCGCCUCGCCACAAUCGGCCUUCCACCUCAAGGCCGACACGCCGGUGUCAGUGAAGAAGCAUCACGUGAUUCAGGAGCUCCCAUUGGAUAACACAUUUGUUGGGGGCUGUGACACGCUCUCCAAGAGGUCCUCCACGAGCUCCGACCACUUCAGUGCCUCAGAGUGCAGCUCCCAAGGAGGGUUCAAGACGAAGGGGCCCAUGCACACCAGACAGCAGGGAACAUUAACUCGUGCCCGAACUGAACUGAACCCUGAAUAUCUGGACCUCCGUCCUCGAGCCGAGCUGAACCCUGAAUAUUGGACCCCUUGCACCCCUUUAUCGCAGCGGCGCGUCACGUUUCACCUGCCGGAUGGCUCUCAGGAGAGCUGCAGUGACAGCGGUCUGGGGGACCACGAGCCUGUAGGCAGUGGCUCCCUCCUCACACAACCUCUCCCUCUGGUGCAGGCGCAGGACGACUUCUAUGAGCAGGCCUCCCCUGAUAAGAGGACUGAAGCAGACGGCAACUCCGACCCCAACUCUGAUGGCCCCCUGGGACCUCGUGGCCUAGUGGAAGCUACAGAGAUGUGCACGCAGGAAUGCCUAGUUCUGGGACAUUCAGACAACUGCUGGAUGCCCCCGACACUGGGAACAUACCAGCAGCCCAAGUCACCAGUGUCAAGCUUUGGAUCUCAGAGGGAGUGGGGUCCCAAGGAAAAACUUCUCAAUGGACAUACUCUGACCAGAACCUGGAAAAAUGAGAGUGGGCGGUCAGAGCAUUUUGGUGACAGGAAGCAGUUUGGUAGUGGAGAGGGACACUUCACCAGCAGUGGCAUGGCUGAUAUUCCACUGGUGAGUCUGAAGUCCUGCCAGCCAGCCUCCUGCCCAGACAGCCCAAAGGACCAGCAGCUAUAAGACGGAUUUUGCUUCUGUGCUGUGAGACGUCCACCUGAGCUCCUCUCCUCUUUUAUUGUUUUCUUUCUAGUUUCAUCUC